AUGAAACCAUCUAAACUGCAAGAUCAUCUGAGAAGAUGCCACCCUGAUAAAACAGAGAAAGAUUUGAAAUACUUUCAAACACUCAAAGAUAAAUUUCAGAAGAGACCUACACUGGACAGAAUGUUCGCUUCGACGUCGCAAAGAAAUGAUGAUGGUUUGCGGGCGUCUUACAAUAUCUCGUUACUUAUAGCAAAAUCCGGAAAACCGCAUAUUAUCAGAGAGAAGUUAAUUUUGCCAGCCGUUGAAGAGGUUUUAAAAACUGUUUUACACAAACCUGCAUCUGAUAUCAUUAAAAGAAUUCCCUUAAGCAACAAUACUGUUGAAAGACGUAUUGAUGAAAUGAGUUCUGAUAUUGAAAGCUUCUUAUGUAAUUAUUUGCAAUCAACCCAUUUCUCUAUACAACUGGACGAGUCAACUUUACCUGAUAAUGCAGCAUUAUUAUUGGCAUAUGCUCGUUUUAUUAUGAAUCAAGAAAUCUACGAAGAACUGCUCUUAGCAAGAACUUUGAUAACCGACACUAUAGGUGAAUCAAUGUUUCAUGUUUUGAAGGAUUACUUCAUUGAAAAAACAAUUCCUUUAUCAAAUAUUAUAUCAGUAGCUACAGAUGGAGCACCUGCCAUGGUUGGACGUUAUCGUGGAUUUUUAAGCUUUUUAAAACAAAAUGUGUCAGGGGUCCAUUUUUCAACAUUUAGUUGCUAA